AUUGCUCUAACGUGGUUUCAUGGACUGUGAUUUCUCCUGGAGCUGGUGGCCUGGCCUGACCAAUGAGAGAUCAGAACACUCUGAAACAUGGGAAGGGAGAUUCUUUGCUGUGUCCCAAGCCUCCACUGAGGGAGACAGAAAGGCUACAUCCCACCCUGGGUUGGCAUAAAGGAGCUAGGAGGAUCCCCAUUAACUAUGGGGCUGGAGCAUCCCUCUGGAGAUCCCAGGGUUUAUAGAAUCCCACAUUGAUGGUAGGGCUGGCCAUGGGGAGCAGGUGGCAGCUUCUUGGGUCCUGGCCUUACUUCCUUCAUGCGUACGUGUGUGUCAGCCAGUGAGUCUGACUGAUGCAUGCAUCUCUGGCAUCUUGGCUCCCAUCAAUGUUGCUGGUGAUGAUGUCUGUGUGCGGUCUUUCUGUGGUCUCUGCAUGUCCAGUCCUGUUUGGGGUUGCCCGGCAACUGUUUUGACACCAGGUUUGUCUGUGGUAUAGGUGUGAGUAGACUGAGAAUUAAUUUAAUCACAAGGUGUGUGUGUGUGCACACAUGUGCUUGAUAUCACCACAUAGGCAGGAGGAGCCUGUUGGGGUUUGAGUCAAUAGGAUCUUCUGAUGAGAGGUAAGAGAAAAGUCACUGGGCUGAGCCUGGCCUUGGAGGCCUGUAUAGAACUCUUGGUUGCUAAGGCAACCAUGAGCCUGUUGCUAGGCGAUAGCUGGGGAAGGCCCAAGGCUGCCCAGGGCAGAGAGAACAGAAGUGUUUGAGAGAGUGGGGGAGGAUAUGGGAAGGGAUGGGAUUUCUGGAUCCCUGAGGGGAUGGGAUGUUAACAAACAACUUCUUCACUGGGGAAGUCACAUUAUUUAUCUCUGGUCAUGAUUUACAAGAAGAAAAUAAAAUUGCUUUUGGAACCACACACAAACUUGUAAAGGCUGCUGAGGGCUGGGUUGGGGGUAUAGCAGAAGCCCUGCUUUCUCUGCCCAUCUUUCACUACAAGUGUCUUCUCGUCCCCAGUUCCUUGGGCCCCAGGUUUACCCCAGCUUGGGAUGGAGCCAUGGCACUGUUCUGGAAUGCUCUAGAACCUCCAACUAUUCUGGAACACUCUAGAACCUCCAGGCAAAGGGCUGGAACCAGGAUCACAGAGCAUUCCAAGGUCUUCCCAGCCUAGGUUAGUCCAGCCCCCCUCCAGCACCCCCAGCAGGCCUCAUGUGGAUGCUGGCACUCAGUGGGAUCUUCCUGGCAGCCGCCCAGGCCUGUGUCUUCUGCCGCUUCCCAGACCGUGACUUAUCGGGCCGCCUGGCUCAACUCUGCAGCCAGAUGGGGGCCCAGUGGAAGGACUGUGAGGUCUCCUGGAACUUCUCAGCCUUUGCCUUAGAUGAUGCGUCUAUGAACAAAGUCACAGAGAAGACUCACAGAGUCCUGAGAGUCAUGGAGAUCAAAGGGUCUCUCUCCUCACUCCCUUCAUAUUGGCAAUGGCUUCAUAGGACCAAGCUCCUCGAGUACAACAGGGAAGCUCUCUGCGCUCCCGCUUGCCGGGGCAGCACCAUCCUGUACAACUGCUCCACCUGCGCGGGCUUCGAGGUGUACUGCUGGACCCGAAAGCGCUGCUUCCCAGGAAGUCAUGAUCUUUGGGAAGCCAGGAUUCUGCUCCUCUUUGUCUUCGGAGCUGUGCUGCUCCUGGGUUUUGUGAGCUUCGCAGUGGAGUACAACCACUUUCAAGCGAAAAGUGACUUGUGACGACACAGACAGAUCCUAGCCUCCAGUUCCAAGGAGCAAGUACCCACAACUUCCAAGUCUCUUGCGGGGGGUGGGAAGAGCCAGCCCCUUGGUACCAGCCACAACAGUUCAGUCUUCCAAACCCCGACACCCAGACGUCCCUAUCAUCCCAGCGUCAGAUGGCCUCCAGGGACCCAGGCACCCACAGCUGGAAAGUUCCUCCCCUCCAGCCCUCAGCGAAUCAGACAGAGGCAGUCACCAUGCCAGGAAAAUAUCUACAGAAGGAAAGAAUCCCCUCCGCACAUGCCACUCCCACACCCCCUUCUGCCUGUUCCUGGAAAGUGGGGGUGUCUGCCCCAGAAGCUACUUCUGGCCCUCCUAUGACUGGGAAUCCGGGAAUGAGUGUUCUGGAGAACUCCCUCCCCCCAGAAUGAGACCACAUCAGUCAGCCUGUUGGCAUACUAUCCUUCCAUUUAACAUUGUGAAGCCUUGGCCUCCCACAGAGGCCUCCCUCCUGCCAGGCCCAAUUAAACCUGCUGUCAAAUGGC